AUGAUCAAGGCAAUCUUCUAUAGUAAAUUUGACACGAUAGAGGGGCCCAAAGUCGUCCAUCAAGUCCCCGACGGAGCUAUCGUGCCCUCCCCAACCGCGCCCUCACAACCACCCUUCCUCACUUUCUCCGAUGUCUCCUUCUUCGUGAUCCCCCGCCAGGAGCUCUGUGGGAACCUUUUGCAAGUCUGCACAAACGGAUAUCGUAUCCUGGGAUACCCAAUAUGCAUGAAGUCUGUGCGGUAUGACCGGAAUGAGUUCAUCUUCAACUUCUGCAUAGUCCUCGCAGAGGAGGACGACUUUAGCACGUAUAAGAGCGUGGUGCAGAAACUAGCAGAUCUAAUGCAUGGCCUAGAAGAGCAGAAUGGUUUCUUGUCCCGUGAUUUCUCGAAGAGUGGUGAAGGGAAGGUGUAUAGUCUCUGUGAGAUGUUGAUGGAGGACUUGAACAACUAUUGCGAGUGCAUGAUUCCCAUUGACGAUUUAAACACUCUGAAUAUCAAGCUUUUCCCGAUAUACCCUUCUCCCCCAGCCGUCAAGGCCUGGCAAGUGCCGCUCUUCACGUUGCGAUACCAGGCUUUCAUGGAUGAGAACUGGGAUUUGACCAUGCAAAGGAUUGUACCACAUAUCAACGGCGUCAACAGCGUCCGCAUCAUCUCCGUACUAGCAGACACAGACUUCUCCCUCACCUGCCGCGCCCUCCGACAUCUCCUCUACUAUGGCUGUCUAUUCAUCCUCGACAUCUUCUCCUUCUCCGCCAUCUACGCCCCAACCGCCCAGUUUACCGCAACAAUAGGCUCCGACGAAGCAAUGCAACUAGAAUGUGCCCGCUACGUAAACCUCCGCUUCGCACCACACCCAGCAACCGGACCCUCCUCCCCUCCACCCCCCAGCCUUAUCCCCAGCCCAAGCGCCAACGGCAGCACAAAUGGCAGCUUAAACGACAGCUCCGAAACAGCUCAGCUCUCCAGCUCCCUUACCGACCCAACACCUAGCCUCACACGGGAAGAAUCCCGCUUCGACGCCGAAGAAAUCUGGCCCCUCCUAGGCGCCGAAGAAAACUCUUCCACCUCCACCUCCCCAAAAACACCCCCAAACACGCUCCACAAACCAGCGAUCGUUGACGGCGCCGCGCUGGUCGAGCUAUACGCAAGCCUAAAACAAGGCCAGAGCGUCAAGCAAUGGUACGCAACGCACAGUCGCUCGCUAGCCAACAUUGACAUCCGUCGCUUCAUCACUUUCGGCGUGAUAAAGGGCUUCCUGUACCGCGUGCACAAAUAUGCCUGUGCAACGAGUCAGCCUGCCCCCCCGCCGCGUGCGUCCUCGUUCACGCCAACGGCUCUGUCGUCGCGCGUCAAUACCGGCACCAAUACACCCUAUGCGAUCUCUAGUGUGUCGGAGGACGCGUCUAUCUCGACGGCUGCGAGGAGGGAGUCUAGUCGUGAGCGGGCUGGGUCGGUGGUGAGUGGGGGUCGGAAUGCGAAUGGGAGUGCGGGGGCGCCGUCGGCGUUUUGGGACGAGGAGGAUGAGGUUGUCGGGGAUGAGGCUCUUGGGAAGUAUCUUGAUGAGGUAUCCCUGGGAGGUAUUGAUUCUUCAUAG